AUGGAAGCAAAUAUUUUGAACUCAAAAGAUGAGACAGGGAGGACUCCACUGCAUUAUGCAGCAUCAAUUGGUUAUCUAGAAGGGGUUCGCUUCUUAGGCAGACGUCUCGUGGAUUCUCAUCGAAAGGAUCAUUGUGGCAACUUUCCGAUCCAUCAUGCAUCAAGCAAAGGUCAUGUCAACAUUGUUAAAGAGCUACUUCAACAUUGUCCCGAUUCAAUGGAGCUGAGGAACUCAAGCGACCAAAAUAUACUCCAUGAUGCAGCAAGAUGUGGCGAGGACAAUCUUGUCAAAUAUUUUUUCAAGAAUGUUGAGUUUCAAAUGUUGAUAAACCAAAAACAGAUGAAAUACUCCUUUGCACUUGGCAAAGAUGAACCAUCAUCCCAAGAAAGCACUUCGGAAACUAGUGCAUCAUAUGAUGAGGGUGUUACACUCUCUCUUUCCUUUCUCUCUUUUCCUCCUCCUCUCUCAUCAAAACCCAGUCGGGUUUUGUUGCCUUUAAAUUCAACAUCCACGUCGAGUUCAAACUCCAACUUCAUUUCCAACCCCCAAUCUCCCACCAUCGACGUAUCCUACGCUCUCUUAGGCUUUUUCCUCCGCUAUCUUCUCACCUCUCCACCACACUUCCUUGUCUUGCCUCUUGUUCAAGCUCUCUCUUCCCUCGACGCCUACGAUUGCAUCGUGCAACAAGUCAUGCAUCUCAUAUCAACGGGAACCACAUCGGGUUGGAUCUGA